AUGGCCCACCCUCCGCCCGGCUAUGCCACGGUGAAGUCUGAAUGGUCAGAAUGCUGCGAGGACCCGGAUGCCGAGCAGGGCAGGUGGCAGUACGUGGGCAAGGGAAGGGGUGCGUUCGCCAAAGUGGACGACAUCCAGUUCGUGGGCGCGGGUCUGGGUGAGUACGACGUGGCCGGGCCCAAGAAGUCAAGGUGGCUGUACUGGUUCGCCUGCCUGGGCUGCUUCCUGCUGCUCCUGGCCCUGGGGCUGGUCGCGAUCUUCAGCCACCAGUCCAGAGCCCCCGGGCACUCGGAGAUGCGCUACGACUGCUACCUGAGUGGCGGCAUCUUGCCGCAGCCGGGCGCCCAGCUCCUGGAGACCUGGUCCACGCCCCACCGGAUCUGGUGCUGCGACAAUCUCGGCGUGGCCUGCGCCGAGAGCACCACCAGCUCACCUAUGCCGACCACGUGGAUCAUGGUGCCGGUGCCGAAGUUUGAGGAUGCGAUGAUGGCACCUGGGCUUGUACCCCCGAUUGCGGGCGCGCCAGCUACGGCUCCCUUCGUGGCGACCUUCCAUUGCCAUGUGGGCAUGCCUGAUGGCUGGCCGCCCGCGCAGAAAGAGUUCUGCUGCCAGCACGUGAACAUCGGCUGCGAAGCCCCACCUGCUCCACCUGUCCCGCCCGAGCCGGACUGCGCCGCUGGCUUGGAUCGAUGCAUGGCUUCCUUGCGUAGCCUCGCGUUGGCAUGCAGCCUGCUGCUGGGCUGCGGGGCUCCGAUCCUCACCCUCCGCUCGGAGGAGGAUUUCCUGCGCGCUUUGGAGGAGGGCAGCGGCGCCGACGCCACGACUUUGGUGCGGCACUGCGUGUCCCGCAGCUGGUGGCGGGCCGCCCGGGCGCUGGUGGCGCGCGCGCACGGCGACGGGGCGGCGCUGGCGGCGCUGGGGCCGGCGGUGCGGGCGGCGGCUCUGGAGGUGAAGCAGCAGGCGGAGCAGCUGAGCGCCUUCGCGGAGGAGAAAUCGGGGAAGUCGGAAACGGCCAACCUGGCGGAGGUGCACUGUGCUUUGCAGUGGGCGCAGAAUUCCACCACGGUCUUCCUUGGGGUGAAGUACGCCGCUCGCUGGUCGGCGCCGGGCGCCAUCGAGGUGUCUGACGUCCAGGUGAACGUCAGCCAGCAGCACUUCUCGCUCACAGCGCUGGGCCACCACUCGAGCAUCCGGAAGCGGUACCUCGUGGAGCUCCCGCUGUUCGCCGCGGUCAGCGGACCAGGCGCCUGGUCCGCGGCCUCGGUGGGCCGCGGCACCGCCACGCUGCAGAAGCUGCGCCCAGAGAAGUGGAAGACCCUGACCUCAGUGAAGUCCAAGCAUCAGAUCACCGGAUGGCUGGACAUGGAGGAGAGGUGGUCCGAUGAGCUGAAGACGGCUGAGGGGAAGAGCAAGGACGGCAAGGGCAAAGAGGGCAAGGACAAGGCGGGAGGCAAGGCGAGCGCUUCGAAGGGAAGCGUCGUACACACGCCCUGGCAGAAGCGGCUGCAGCGACAAUGGAAGAAGCUGCCAAAGACCGUCCGCAGAGCUGCUCCCUUCGUGCUGCUGACGCUUGGCUCCUUCUUGGCCGGCAUGUCGAUCUACAGCCUCAUCACUGCACGGGCAAGUCCAGCCGAAGCUGCAGAUGAGAGCAAGGUCGCUGAAGCCGCUGACUCCUGAGCCCUGCCUGCGAGG